CACGGAAGCAAUUUGUUCACCUCUUCCCUUCUUACCGCGUAACGUGGAGCUGUGCAGGUCACUUCGACGUGUUAUAUCGUAUUUGGAUUGCAUAGCUGUCGAGUUUUUGUCUUCUAUUCCGCUAGUUCACGGGUCAGAACGGGUCAGAAUUGCAGUAUAGAUGGAACAACAGCGGAUCCCGUUUCCGAGGUCACGCGCAGCCUCGGAGGUCACACCUUCUCGCAGCGCUAACGGUAACUCCAUGUCUGUAAAUUCCAUCGUACCUUCUGAAGACGAUUCGUCAGAAUCCAUCGGCCAUGAGGCUUUUCAUUCUCCUUUGGAACCGAGCGAAGAAGGAUUGAACAUCAAACCUUCUGAGACUAAUAACUCAACGAUAGACUCUUUCGCCACAUCUUCUUCCAAGCUGACAUUAUCUGAUAAAUUGUCUGCACUACCGCCUCCCAACACUCCCAGCCUGAACCGAAAUCGGUCUCCAAACCCCGGCGCCAGUCGAGGUUUUAGACGCAGCUUUGAAGCGUCCGGUUCUUUGCCCUCCGUCAGAAGUGCAGAGGACAUAGAUCUCAUACAGUCCACACGGAACAGCCCUCGACAGGGCAGCCAUCUUCCUCCUCGGUCGAAUGCCUCAGACGGUUCAGUGGGCAUUGACGCGCCAAGGAAUAGAGCCUCGUUAGAUUCCGACCGCAUCUCCUUACCUGCCCUACAGAGCGUUAGAAACGCCUUUUCUCGCAGAAACAGGGGAAGUGAUCCUACGCUCCCAGCUCAACGCACUGAACAGCUCAAGGGAGAAAAUCUCGACUCGCGUUCUCGUUCUCCGUCUCGCGCAGCCUCUCCUCUUCGUCUAUUGCAGCAAUGGUCUCAAGGUCGUCAUCGCUUUCAUAACAACCCAAGGGAGGAACCGUUCAUUCCUGUCGAUCCUUUCCGUGCAAAGUCGCAUUUCCGUUUACCAUGCUUACCUUGCUGUUGCGUCAGCGAACCUAGCGAUUCCUCAGAGACGGGAAUGGAUUAUGAUUGCGGCAAGGUGAAACACUAUGCUGAAAGCAUAUCCACAUUUAUCACCGAGACGCUACCACGAUUAUUCUAUCUAUACGCGCUGCUGCGGCUGCCUGCUCUUUAUUUCUCUAGGGUCUCACGGAUUUUCGAGGAUGCCGAAGUCAGCCGGCCCGAUGUCCAGCGCAUGAUCGACGCGUGUUACCGUCCGGGAUACACUGUACCUCUGUCCUCUAACGUGAACAUUACUUCGAACGGGUAUCGUUCGCCAGCUGCUGGAGUAUCUGGUCAGGUCGGUGCUGCGGCGCUACUUUCUGACCUGGAUAUUCUUCCAGAAGAUUGGGUGGCACCGUUCGUCUCACCAGCGCUUGUGCGAUUCAAGCAUUCGUGGGAGGCCUUUAUUGAUACCCUUAUGAGAGAGUGGAAAACUCUUAAUCUCGUUUCUGCUCUGUUGUUAACAGCUAUUUUAACCAUGUUCCAGAUACCAAACGCUGCCUCUGAUCCUAUCACUCGGACGGCGGCGUUGUUGUCACUGAUCUGCGCUUUAAUGAGCGUGUCUUAUGGCUGCAUGUACAUCGUCAGAUUUGGAACUAUGAGGACUAUGUAUCGCGCCUCGCGAUGGGCCGAGGAGGCUCGUAAGACCAACACCGUAAUUUGGUGGAACGUCUGGGUUAUGCUCGCCAUGCCGGCUGUAUGGUUGUCCUGGUCCAUGGUCUACUUUGUCGUUUCCAUCCUGUCUUUCGUGUGGCGCACAGGAUCCGCACUCGACCCAGCUGAGUACCAGGGACUGAGUCCCACUGGAGUGCUGGGUCCGCGAAUCGCGAUUACAUGUGUUUUCCUGAUUGGGAUGAUAUACCUCGUUCUCAUAGUGAACACCCUCAGGAGCUAUGGCACGCAUGGGGUGUUGAGAUCUGGGGCACAGGUUGAAGUGCCAGAGGAGGAGCGACGAGGGAGGGAGCGGGAGCGGGGUGCGAGCCGUCGGGAGAGUAGGAGACGGAGUGAGCGGUAUGACCAUGUACCAGAAGCUGCAGCGAGAGGGACUCCGGAUCUUCGUAAGGAUAAGGUAGUCGAGGAGGUGAUGGAAACUGAGGUGAAGGAGAACGGUCGGUUGAGAACUCUCUUAGGGUUUGGGGUGAACCGGGGUUCGGAUUUGGAGAGGGGGAUGUGGGAGGAGAACGACUCGCUUAGACGUGCUCGUUCAUCGGGCUGACUUAUGAUUUCGUAUGAUUACUUAUGGACUAACUUGCUAUGGACUGCUGUAUUCCUUUUUUAUUGCAGAAGAUUGUAUCGCUGUAUAGACAUGAAUGUCACCUAAGUAACUGAUAAAUCGGC